UGUAUGAUAAUCGUGCCACUUCGCUUGAUUACCUACAGUAAAUGGUUUUGUUAUAUUUGACGGUUCGAACGCGGAGCGUAACAUCGCCUCCAUGUAAAUCAUGAUCGGCAUGCUUAGAAACAUUCGGGAUGCUAUCCAUUUUUUAACCAGAUUUCUCCUUCUGCUUUAUAUCAAAACUUUGGAAAUACACGGACAAGAUGGUGAUGGCUGCGGCCACAGCGUUGCAGGCCUCCUGAGCGGCACACUGGCCUCCCGCAGCUUCCCGGGGACCUACCCCAACAACACACGCUGCCAGUGGAGGCUGACCGUGCCACUGGGCCACCGGCUGCGUCUGGCCUUCGGCGACUUCGACCUGGAGGCAAGCACCAACUGCAGGAGUGGCUCCCUCACCAUCACGCCCGACAACGGCGCGCCCAGCCUGGGCCCGCUGUGUGGUCACAUGGACACCGCAUGGCGGAGGCUGACGCUGAACAGCAGCCAGGUGACCGUGCUCUUCGUCUCCGGUGUGCAUCGCUCCGGCCGCGGCUUCCUGCUGUCCUACGCCAGCGACCGGCAGCCAGAUCUGAUUUCCUGUAUGGAGCGCGGUACUCAUUACUCUUCUGACCAGUUCAGUGCCUUCUGCCCAGCUGGCUGCAAGGACGUCACCGGGGACGUUUGGGGCCGGUCAGCUCAGGGCUACAGAGACACCUCGGUGCUCUGCAAAGCCGCCAUCCAUGCUGGCGUUGUGUCAGACGCCCUGGGGGGGCCCAUCACCGUGUCCCGGGAGCGCAGCAUCACGCUCUACGAGUCCAGCUUCGCCAACGGCAUCUUCUCCAAGACGGGAUCACUGUCAGAGAAGAAGCUGGUUUUCCAAAGAGAUUGUGGCGGCCCCCUAAAUGUGUCGAGCUUCAACGUGUCCUCCGUUUCGGAGGAAGGGGGCAGCGGGAGGCGCAGGAUUGCGUGGCUCACCAGCAGCAGAGACACGGAGCAUGACGACACGCCUUGGGUGGCGAGCGGCGACGACCGCAGCCCGUGGCUGAUGGUGAACCUCCAGAGCAAGAGCAGCGUUACAGGAAUUAUAACGAAAGGAUUCCAUUCGGGAUCUUCCGCCUUCUAUGUGAAGUCUUACAUUCUGCUGUAUAGCAAGGACAGCAAGACCUGGAGAACAUACAAGGGAGCAGUUAGUAAGGAGAAGAAGGUGUUUGAGGGAAAUUCGGACAGUUUCCAGGACGUACUGAACAGCCUGAUUCCCCCGGUAGUGGCUCAGUACAUCCUGGUGCGACCUCAGGAGUGGCACGUCAGGCCCGCGAUGCACAUCCAGGUCCUGGGCUGCCCUGCGGUCCAGCCCCGCAUGGCCAAUACACCCAAAACAAUGGCCCCCACUCCAACAACUGACAAGCAUCCUGUCUUAAAUGAGGCGGAGAUCAAAGAGAUAGUAAAAGGUCCUGCACUCACCGUGUGGGUAGCUGUAGGCAUACCGUUGUCGUUGGUUUUGUGUGCGUGUUGCCUGCUGGCUGGACUCCGCUGGAAAAGAAGAACGCACGAUGUUGCCAAGAAGGACUCAUUAGCCCAAGACUGUCACAGUUUUCAGGGGAAAAACAUGACGCUCUGUGAGGAGCUCGACCUCCCCCUGGAGAGAGGCAUCCACGAUCCUCUUCCUUCCCCUCCCCGAAAUGUCUACGCCUCCCCAGACCUGCUCACAGUAGGACCGAAGCUGGGCUCCACCUUCCGGCCAGCAUCUGACGGGGGCUACACCUCCCCGCUGGUACGUUCUCACUAUGACGUUCCGGGGAGGGUGGCCGUGGAGUACGCCGAGCCGCUGCUCCCCGAGCCCGAAUACGCCACGCCCUUCGGCGAGCAGCCACCCGACCCACCGGCGCCGGUCCUACACGCCAAGGGCGGCCGGCUCGCCAUUCAUUUGCCUCCGCUGGCACUGAGAACCAACGGCUCACUGCAAGCGCAAUACGACUGCCCUACCCGUAGGGGGCGCCCCAGCGGCUCCAGCUUCCCUCUGUCUGGUGAGAGUGGCCCACAUUCAACCAGUGUCUUGUAUGCCGAACCUCAGCUGGCCGCCCAUCCAGCCCAGCACAUCUAUCACGAGCCUUAGAGAGGCCGGCCGCCAGCCGUGUACUCGGGGCCCAAAGCCCUCCCAGAGGAGUCUGGACACUUGAGAUUUGACCUGUGCAGUGGAUGCAUUGCAUGGCACAGACCUGGUACCUGCUUAUCUACGAGGAACUGCACUGUGAGUCUGAGGAGUAACCUUUGGAAAAUAAAUCCCGCAGCAUUUUUGCGCAGAUGUGGUGGCGUUACGCAUGCAUGACAUUUAUAAUAUGGAGAGGGGCAAAAAGGCGAAAGGUCCCCACAUUAAUGCUUAUCAGGGAAUCUGAAAAGCUUAUGAAAGGAUUUGAAAUUCUUCCGUCAACUGAUUUGUCCGGCAAAUCUGUGUGACGGGGGGUUACCAGAGCAACGGAAGAUGCUGGACAGUAUAACCAAUCACUGGGUCGUGAUUCUGUGUUUGACCACAGGUUAGAAUUUAGAUAUCUCCACUUGCAUGAUGCAAAAACAAAACACAAAAUAUUGUAUGAAGACAGUUCAGCCUGAAGCAGCAGUGAUUCCUGGUGUUAAGAAUUUAAAUAUGUAUGUAUAUGUUACACUGAAUUAUUUUGUUAUUUAAUGUAAUAUAUAAUGUAUAGCUUAAUGUAUAGGACUUAAUAGCUUCACCAACACUUGCGCCCACGUUGCACAGAGCAGGAUACAGAAGAAAUGAGUUUUUACUGAUAUGUGUUUUGCUUUAUAUCUCCGCACAGCAUUCUUUUGUAAACACCAUUUGUAUUAAAUGUUAAUCAGAAGCCACACAAACUGUGUUUCUGCGUAUUGUCUUGUCUGUAUAUAAUUGCUUGUUUUUCACUUUGGAUCUUGUAUCUGGCAAUGCUUCGAUGUGGGAGGUCAGAAUGUUAUAAAUGUAAAUGCUGUUCCACACCAGAGGUGGAAAGUUCAGGUCCGGAAUGUACAAAUCCAGACCGAGAUUUUGUUCCAACCAACCAGGUGAGUGACUGUGACUCUUCAUGCUCGACUGUUUUGUUGAAAGAAAAUCUCGGUCUGGAUCUGUACUUUCUGACCCUGAACUUUCCACUCCUGUUCCACACCCAUGGGGACAGGUAAUAUUGAGCAGCAUUUUGAUUAAUCAACAUGAGUCCUUAAGGUAUUUUCCAGCUGUGACUGGGAAAAUGAGCAGCUCAUUGUAACACCAAUUACUUCGAGAGAAGCAGAAAGAAAUAUGACCCGACUUGCUGAGAGAGGGUACUGGGUUACCAUGUACAGGAUAUUUGCAGUUACAAUGUUGUGGAUGAUGCAUGCUCAAUAAAAUAUAUUUUUGUAUUUAUCA